CGAAAUUUUAUAUUUUAAUUUCUGAAAAGUAACGGGUGUUAAAUGGUCUCCGACCAAUGAAAGAAGAAGAAAAAAAGAAUGAAAAAAACUUGUUCUCAUAAAAUACUAGUGUCUGUAUUAAUUUCUUUUUUAGGUAAAAGAUAUUUGUGUUGGUAGUAAAGCUCUGAGUUGGGACUUUGAGGAAGGCUCGGAUAGUUUUGCCGUCUUUAUGGUUCUAUCUUCUGAAAUUUGGGAGAAAACUCUCAUGCAGAAGCAGAAGCAGAAGCAGAAGCAGAAGCAGAAGCGAAUGAGAAUAUGAGAUGAUGCAGAAGUGUGCAUCGACAUUUAUAAAGUAUGGCCUUUUCAAGUUACCCUCCUCAGACCCUAUCAGUUCCUCUCCACCGGCAGCUCCACAGGUAUUAUCACUCAAGAAGCUACGAUUCCGUCAAUCAAGUUUUGGGCAGUGGUUUCCCUCCCAAACCCUUAAAGCCCGCCCUUUUCUUGGUGCUUAAACCCCCUCAAUCAUCACUCGACACCCUCACUUCGCUCCCUGCCCAGAAACCCACGAAUUCGGGUUUGCUCCAACUUUGUCUUCAUGGGAACCUCGCACCAGCUCUGGAAUACCUCGACUCGAUGCGGCUACUGAAAGCUCCGAUUGAGGAGGAGAGUUUUAUUGCCCUGGUGAGACUCUGCGAGUUCCGGAGAGGACGCAAGGAAGGUCGUUAUGUGUACCAACUUGUGUUGGAAUCCUUGCUGUCCCCUUUGAGUCUUAGGCUUGGAAAUGCGUUGCUGAGUAUGUUUGUGAGGUUCGGCGAUGUAGGUAGUGCUUGGAAUGUUUUUGGGAGAAUGGGCGAGAGGAAUUUGUUUUCCUGGAAUGUUCUUGUUGGCGGGUAUGCUAAAGGUGGCUUCUUUGAUGAUGCUCUCUGUUUGUACCAUAGAAUGUUGUGGAUUGGCAUUAGGCCUGAUGUCUACACUUUCCCUUGUAUAUUGAGGAGCUGCGGUGGUGCUCAGGAUAUUGUGAGAGCAAGAGAGCUCCAUGCUCAUGUUAUUAGAUUUGGUUUCGAAUCGGAGGUUGAUGUGGUGAAUGCUUUGAUUACCAUGUAUGUUAAGUGUGGAGAAGUGACGAUGGCAGGCAAAUUAUUCGAUACAAUGUUCAUCAGGGAUACAAUUUCUUGGAAUGCAAUGAUUUCCGGGUUUUUCGAGAAUGGGGACUGUCUUAGAGGGCUAAAGUUAUUCUUCAAAAUGCGAGAGCUUUCCAUCAAUCCAGAUUUGAUGACUAUGACGAGUGUGAUCUCAGCGUGUGGCCUUCUUGGUGAUAAUAGAUUGGGGAGGGAAAUUCAUGGAUAUGUGAUGAGAACUGAGCUUGCCAAUGAUGUUUCAGUGUCUAAUUCCUUGAUUGAAUUGUACUCCAGUGUUGGCCAAUGGAAAGAAGCCGAAAAAUUGUUCUCAGGAAUGGAAUCCAGAGAUAUAGUGUCAUGGACGGCUUUGAUUUCGUGUUAUGAGGAUAACUCACUGCCUGAGAAAGCUUUGGAAACUUACUUGAACAUGGAGGUUGUGAAAGGAAUUGUAGCUGAUGAGAUAACAAUAGCCAGUGUGUUAUCUGCUUGUGCUAGUCUACGGAAUUUGGAUAUAGGUGUAAAGCUUCAUAAGCUUGCCACUAGGACUGGACUUGCCUCAUACACUAUCGUGGCGAACUCGCUCAUUGACAUGUACUCUAAGUGUAAUUCCAUUGACAAGGCUUUGGACGUGUUCCAUCAAAUUCCAGAAAAGAAUGUGGUAUCCUGGACUUCAAUCAUUGAUGGCCUUCGAAUCAACAAUCAGUGCAUUGAGGCUUUAUCAUUCUUUUGGCAAAUGAUUAGAACCACGAAACCGAAUUCAGUUACUUUAGUUUCUGCUUUGGGUGCGUGUGCUAGAAUCGGUGCAUUGAUGUGUGGAAAAGAGAUUCAUGCUCAUGUAUUGAAGGCCGGAACUGGCUUCGACGGUUUCCUACCGAAUGCGAUUCUUGAUAUGUAUGUAAGGUGUGGUAGGAUGAGACCUGCACUGCAUCAGUUUAACUUGAACAAGACAGAUGUGGGGGCUUGGAAUAUUUUGUUGAGAGGGUAUGCCCGGAGGGGACAAGGAGCAUGGGCUAUGGAGUUAUACCGGAGAAUGUUGAAUUCUCACAUAGUUCCUGAUGACAUAACAUUUGUUUCUCUUUUAUGCGCAUGUAGUAGAUCUGGGAUGGUCACUGCAGGUUUGGAGCUAUUCAACAGUAUCAAGACUAGACGUUCUGGCAAUCCAAAUCUGAAACAUUAUGCCUGCAUUGUUGAUCUGCUUGGACGGGCUGGGGAGUUGGAGAAAGCAUACGAGUUUAUUAUGAACAUGCCAAUACAACCAGAUCAGGCAGUUUGGGGAGCCUUAUUGAAUGCAUGUAGACUUCACCGGCAUGUCCAGCUCGGAGAACUGGCAGCUCAUAAUAUUUUCAAUCUGGGGGCGGGAAGCAUUGGUUACUAUGUUCUGUUGUGUAAUCUUUAUUCAGACAGUGGUAAAUGGGAUCAAGUUAUCAAAGUAAGAGAAAAGAUGAAAGAAGCAGGGCUAGUUCUUGAUCCUGGUUGCAGUUGGGUGGAAGCAAAAGGCAAAGUUCACGCUUUUCUGACUGGUGAUAAUUGCCAUCAUCCUCAAGCAAAAGAUAUAAAUGUAGUAUUGGAGGGAUUUUAUGAGAAAAUGAAGGAAGCUGGGCGUGAUGGUCAAGAUUUCGGUUGUAUAGAUGAUGAAGCAGACAGAUCAAAAGCCGAAAUGUUUUGUGGGCACAGUGAGAGACAAGCGAUUGCAUUUGGACUAAUUAAUACUGCUCCUGGGUUGCCUAUAUGGGUUACCAAGAAUCUCUACAUGUGCCGAAGCUGUCAUAGUUUAGUCAAAUUCAUCUCCAAGGUAGUCCGUCGGGAAAUUUCUGUCAGGGAUACAGAGGAGUUCCACCAUUUCAAGGAUGGCGAGUGUUCUUGUGGAGAUGAAAGUUACUGGGAAGAAAUUAAUAACAAAAGAUAGUGAAUAAGAGCCAAGUACCCUCCUGUUUCAGCACUGAAAGUGGUACUGGCAAUUGGCAAAAGAAGUUGGGUUUAGAGUAGCAAAAGCUGUCUUCUUCAGUGUACAGUUUACUGGACCUUGUAAUAUGUUUGUGCGUUAUUUAUAACCUGGCCUCUACGCAAGGAACAUGAGCAAGAUGAUAUUUUUGUGCUUUAUUUGUGGAGAUGAUAUGUGGCUCCCACUGCCACCUCAAUAGCUUGGGAAGCAUAAUAUGUGGUGCGGGAAGUUGCAGCCCUCGUGGAUUGAUAGCUUCUUGCCAAGGUACCCUUUCGGUUCUCAGAAUAGUGUAGUCAUCUAUACCAAUGAAGCAUGCAUGCCUCAUUGAGGGUAUUGAUUUGCAAAGAUUCUUGUACAGUUGUAAGGUAAGAGCGUAAGGUACAACGUUCUUCUAUCUAGUAAUGGCUGUAAGAAUGUCUAUUGCGAUGCAGUAAGAAAAAUGGUUUAACAAAAUACAGUACUUGAGACUUU